AGGAGUGGGAGGUGGAAACCCUACCACACCGCAGAGAAAGGCGUCUUCGUACUCGCCUCUCUCCGCGCCCUCCUCCGCCGCCGCUCGCCGCCGUUCGUCUCCGCCGCCACCGCCGCCGCCAUGAGGGAGUGCAUCUCGAUCCACAUCGGGCAGGCCGGUAUCCAGGUCGGGAACGCGUGCUGGGAGCUCUAUUGCCUCGAGCAUGGCAUCCAGCCUGAUGGACAGAUGCCCGGUGACAAGACCGUUGGGGGAGGUGAUGAUGCUUUUAACACCUUCUUCAGUGAGACUGGUGCUGGGAAGCAUGUCCCCCGUGCUGUCUUCGUCGAUCUUGAGCCUACCGUGAUUGAUGAGGUGAGGACUGGUGACUACCGCCAGCUCUUCCACCCUGAGCAGCUCAUCAGUGGCAAGGAGGAUGCAGCCAACAACUUUGCCCGUGGUCACUACACCAUUGGCAAGGAGAUUGUUGAUCUGUGCCUUGACCGCAUCAGGAAGCUUGCCGACAACUGCACUGGUCUCCAGGGCUUCCUUGUGUUCAACGCUGUUGGAGGAGGAACGGGCUCCGGUCUCGGUUCCCUUCUCCUUGAGCGUCUCUCUGUGGACUAUGGCAAGAAGUCCAAGCUCGGGUUCACCGUGUACCCGUCCCCUCAGGUCUCCACCUCUGUGGUUGAGCCAUACAACAGUGUCCUCUCCACCCACUCCCUCCUUGAGCACACCGAUGUCGCUGUCCUGCUCGACAAUGAGGCCAUCUAUGACAUCUGCCGCCGCUCCCUCGACAUUGAGCGCCCAACCUACACCAACCUCAACAGGCUUGUGUCCCAGGUCAUCUCCUCACUGACUGCCUCCCUGAGGUUCGAUGGUGCUCUGAAUGUGGAUGUCAACGAGUUCCAAACCAACCUGGUGCCCUACCCGAGGAUCCACUUCAUGCUUUCCUCCUACGCCCCGGUGAUCUCGGCCGAGAAGGCCUACCACGAGCAGCUCUCCGUGGCGGAGAUCACCAACAGCGCCUUCGAGCCGUCCUCCAUGAUGGCCAAGUGCGACCCGCGCCACGGCAAGUACAUGGCGUGCUGCCUGAUGUACCGCGGCGACGUGGUCCCCAAGGACGUGAACGCCGCGGUGGCCACCAUCAAGACGAAGCGCACCAUCCAGUUCGUGGACUGGUGCCCCACGGGGUUCAAGUGCGGCAUCAACUACCAGCCGCCCAGCGUCGUCCCGGGGGGAGACCUGGCCAAGGUGCAGAGGGCCGUGUGCAUGAUCUCCAACUCCACCAGCGUCGUCGAGGUGUUCUCCCGCAUCGACAUCAAGUUCGACCUCAUGUACUCCAAGCGCGCCUUCGUCCACUGGUACGUCGGCGAGGGCAUGGAGGAGGGGGAGUUCUCCGAGGCCCGCGAGGACCUCGCCGCGCUGGAGAAGGACUACGAGGAGGUCGGCUCCGAGUUCGACGAUGGUGACGAGGGUGAUGAGGGUGACGAGUACUAGAGAGGUUCAGGGUUCUUGCCUGGUGCCUUGGCAAUGCUUGAUUACUGCUGCUAUCCUAUGAUCUGUCCGUGUGGGCUUCUAUCUAUCAGUUUGUGUGUCUGGUUUUGAAAAACAUUUGCUUUUCGAUUAUGCAGGGUUUGCUUGUAGCUUUCGCUGCUGUGACCUGUGUUGUUUAUGUGAACCUUCUUUGUGGCAUCUUUAAUAUCCAAGUUCGUGGUUUGUCGUAAAA